GGCAGAAGGAGGGCUUGGGGCAGGCUCUGCUGUUCAGAUCACCAUGUACAGCUUCAUGGGUGGUGGCCUCUUCUGUGCCUGGGUGGGGACCAUUCUCCUGGUGGUGGCCACGGCAACAGACCACUGGAUGCAGUACCGGCUGUCGGGGUCCUUUGCCCACCAGGGCCUGUGGCGGUACUGCCUGGGCAGCAAGUGCUACCUGCAGACAGAGAGCAUCGCAUACUGGAAUGCCACCCGGGCCUUCAUGAUCCUGUCUGCCCUGUGCGCCACCUCUGGCAUCAUCAUGGGCAUCCUGGCCUUCGCUCAGCAGCCCACCUUCACUCGCCUGUCCCGGCCCUUCUCUGCCGGCAUCAUGUUCUUUGCCUCAACCCUUUUUGUCUUGUUGGCCUUGGCCAUUUACACUGGAGUCACAGUCAGCUUCCUGGGCCGCCGCUUUGGGGACUGGCGCUUUUCCUGGUCUUACAUCCUGGGCUGGGUAGCCCUGCUUAUGACCUUCUUUGCAGGGAUUUUCUACAUGUGUAGCUACCGGAUGCAUGAAUGCCGGCGCCUGUCUACUCCUCGCUGAGCCCUGAUUAAUCCCCCAACUUCAUCUGGAAGUUAAAAUGAGGUCACCGGAGAGGAGGGGGAGGGUCUAAAGGCCUGAAAUCCUGGUUUCUGGGGGCAUGAGGGGGCUCAGUCCUGGACACUAGGUGGGGCCCCUGACUCCUGUGUCCUAAGCAGGAAGGAAGAAGAAUGAGGCCUGGCAGGAGGGAGUUGAGGAGACCCUAAGUCUCCAUCUACCAGGCAAGUUGUUAGAAAAAUGAAAUACCCAUUAGAGCAAUGUUUUGGGGUCAAAUAAAACUGAUGUGAAACUA